AUGAAAAUCAAUGUGUAUUUACAUUUACAUAUACGAAUUCCUACAAAAAAACAACAACAAUUGCAAACCAAUCACUUGAUAUGUAUCAGCAGCGGCAUCAAUUGGAGAUGAAUAAUCACAAAAGCCGAAUGAUUUAGAAAAAUAGAAUAUAUACAUAUGUACAUAAAUAAAAAUAAAAACAAUAUCUACAUAUAUGUAUAUGUAUUUACGAAUCGCUGUCGACGAAUAUGCACAAGAAACGUAACAGGAAACCGGUUUGGUAACAACAAUAGUGACCAUUAGUAGCCAUCAUCGGUGAAGGAAUAUAAAUAAAAAUAAAUAAAAAUAAGUAAGGCAAACCAAGAUUUGUGCCCCACAGAAUAAACGACGCAUUGAAAAGUUCGUGCACACUUUUACUUUCGAAAAUAUUUCAUAUGAAGCGAUGUGAUAAUAGUCGACACAAAGCAAAAAACGACUCGUACAAAAGCUAAGCUUACCGUUUGGUAUAAAGUGAGGGCGGAAGACGGCUGGGAAGCGUAAGGAAGGAAUUCUACAAAUUAUCGCUUUAAUGCGCAACGAAUCGAUUUAAAAAAUAAAUUGUUUGACUGCUUAAAGUCAAUCACGGCAAUAGCCAAUAAACAGCAAAAAUAAUAAAUAAAUUACAGACGCCACAGCAUGUCGGCGAGUCUUAUGUCCUGCGUGCGGGAGAACUCUCCACCCUUAGAUGUUGUGGACGGAGCCAAUUGUAGUAGCAACGCGACGGGUCCAAUGUCAUUACCCGAUUGUCAUACAAUGUCUAACGUUAAACAUCAGCAACAGCAACAACAACUCACAUCAACACCUUUAUCGGUGCCAAAUAUAAAUGAGUGCAGUAAUAGCGGUAACAUAGGCGGCGGCGGUGGUGGUAGCGGCGCUGGUGGAGGAGGUGAUGGAACAACACAGAAUACUGAACCGAAACGUCGCCGCUUCCAUCCGCUGCGCAAUCUCCGUCGCAUCUUUCGUCGGCGCACCAUCACGAACGUGCCGAGCGAUACGCCGCCGAACAUUAACACGACCAACACAUUGCCACCGCCUACGAGUAGCACGAGCGAGAAGAAUCUGCGUAGCGCUACACUCUCGUCCAUAUCGUCAGUGGUGUCGGCCUCAUCGCCCUCCUCACCGCUCACACACCAACAACUGCAGGAAGCCUACUCCUCGCAGUCGCUACCCAAAUCGAAAUCAUACUCGAUCAGCGGUGGUACAAGUGUUGGGAGUAAAGCAGCACAACACAGAGAUGCUUUGCUGGCAACGGUGUUAGGUGGCAAGCAUAAGCAGCAGCAGCAGCAACAGCAACAGCAACAAGUGAAACAACAAUUGCAACAGCAACACCAACAAUUGGAAGAAGUGAACGUAACGGAUAGCGAUAUGUAUACAACACACGCCUCGCACACCGCGUCCUCCUCCAUGUACCAUCAUCAUCAUCAUCACCACCACCACCACCAGACACACCAACAGGUGGGCUCCAGCGGUGGUGUGCUCUUCCAGCCGCCACACUCGGUGCGUCAGUCGCUUGGCGUGGCCGUCUUGCCGAGCGCCAUGAAUCGCAGCUUCUACGCGGAGCGUCAGAAAUUGCGCAGCAUCGGCGACUCCUCGCAGGAAUUGGACAGUAGCGGCAAUGACAGUGGUAGCGCCAAUAAUACGACGAUGAGUGGUAGUGGCAGUGGCGGCGGUGGUAGUGCGAAUGGCGGCGGGCGGAGCGCGAAUAGUGAGAUCAGCGAUAGUCAGCGGAGUCUCAGCGAGGGACGCUUGGUGGACAGCGACUACAGCCACGAUCCACUCUCUCAAUCACAUGAUAGCGUAUUUUCGGAAUCGGCAUCAGCGAGUCUCUUUUCCAAUAGAGAUUAUCAGGCUGAGCUCUCCGAUGUGCUACGCAAACGCAAUCGCAAUCGUCAGGAUGCUUCCGAAGAGGAUCUCGGUCUACCACGUAGUCCCGCAUCGCCACAGAGACGUGUGGAGCGCACACAACGCAGCCACCACAUCACAAAUGGCAGCAACAAUAACAACGCCAACGCCAACGCCACAGCAACAUCUUCGAGCGCCACCACUGGCGGUAAUCAGAGCGAAGUUUCCUCGCUGAGUUUGUUGAGCAUGAAUAGCGGUGAUGGCGAUGAUUUGUUUGCCUCAUCCACAGCUAAUAAUUCGACAAUUAGCACCAAAGAAUUUAUGCAAGAACGUGCGUUGAGCACAUCGUUGGGUGGGCGUAGCCUUACACGCUCUUCCACAGUAUCGACCACAUCGGUGACGUCGGAGAUUUAUCGACACUCCUCGAGCGGCAGUUUGGGUAAUGAUUCAACGCGCGAUGAGCCCGAUUUAUUGGGCGCAAAGUGUCAGCGCUUGUCACAUUCGGCAGCCAAACACAAGAUGGCGUUGCGACCGGCCAAAAAGAAGGGACCCAGUCGCAUGCAUCGUCGUACGCUGGAGACCUCGAUACCGGAAGCCAACGAGGAUAGCCUAAGGUUGGCUAGCAAUACUUUACUGGACAUAAAGGAGCAUGACGUGAAAGCCAAAACACGCUCUCUACCGCCGAGCGUAACUACGAAAAUACUCGACCAACAUGCUGUCGAGUCGAAGAAGACGACAUCACCUACAAAAUCAGCUAAAACGAAGUCCACAACUUCAUCGAAUGAGCAGAUACUUCAUGUGAAACGCUCCAAAAUCGAAAAACUCGAGAAGGGUAAUGAGAGUGGUGGUAAGUCCACUCUCCUUUCAACCACAACAACAACUAAUAAUAGCAGCAGCACCAUAACGGCUGCAACCAGUCUCUUUGGGCUGCGUACGCUCACAGCCAAAGCAACAGCACUCUUUGAGCCACCACAGGAGUCAUCCACAGACCCCACACCCAGUGAACAGGAGUUGAAGAGAGAAAAGGAGCGUGAGAAACUCAAAGAGAAGGAGAAAGAGAAGAUUAAGGAAAAAGAGAAGGAAACCACAAAUGCUGCUGGCGUCGAGAGCUCAGAGAGCGGCUUCCUACGCCGACUCAUACAACGCAAUUCGAAGCGUUCGGGCUCGCGUAGCAACGCUACUGGAAACAGCAACCAGCCAACCGAUGUCAAAUCCGACGCAAGCCAAAGUGUCGUCGACGCCAAAUCAAAGGUGCAAAUCUCCACCUCUUGCAUGGAUAUGAAGCAAACGCCCGAGUCCAGUUUGACUAAGCUCGAUAAGUCCCGUAGCGCCAUAAGCUACGAACAAAAUAUCGAAGAGACGCGCAAGGAUAUCAAACGGGAGAUUAUGUCAGUCGGCAGUACGGGCUUAAAUGCCAUGUUGAACACACACAAGCUGACAACGCAAAAUGAGCAGAGCAUGAAGGAUGCCGUUACACUAUCAGCAACAACAACAUCACCACAAAAGCCGAAAUCUGGCGCAGCAGCACGUCAACGUUACUUGCCACAAGAUAUUGGCUCGCUCGAUCGCAAGCUUGGCGUUACUGCGAGCAGCAGCACCACAACCGCCACCGAAUCGUACACGAGCAGCACGAGCAGCAUACUCUCCAAAUGCUCACAACAAGAGGUCUUCCAGUCGACUUCCAUUAUACGCGAGAUUACCGCCUCACAGGCCUCCAGCGUGAAUUCGGUGUGCAGCUUGAGCAAAUCCACUGAGCAUCACUUCGAGAAGAAACCGAAAAUUGUUGGGCUCAGCGCCUUCCAACAGAAAAUUUCCCGUUCCAAUGACUCAGUGGGUCGUUUCGCCGGCAGCAAUGGCAGCCUAAGCGCAAACUCCACCACCUCUUUGGAUGCUGCAGGCGAAACACGCUCCCACAACAUUCAGGAGCAGAAGCAACGUAAGAUUGUGGAGAAAUCACGCAGCUUCCGCAUAUAUCAGGAGGACGCAUACAAUAGUGCAAGCCCAGCAGUGCACAACAACAUGCCCAGUUUGCCCGAUUUGACGAUGAACUUACGUGUGCCCUGCUAUAAUGAGCUCGCCAAAGACUCUCCGGUUGCUGAGGCACGCGAUUUGGGUACCACACCGCGCGCCACCGAAUCCACCGGUAAUUUGACUGUGAACAAUUAUAACUUUACGAAAAAUAUAACGGUAAAGGGCACACCAACCAAACUGACGCCGCUCUCACCAGUCAACUCUUUCGCUACAGCCGAACUCAGCGCAGCACACGAGCCAACAAGCAGCAAUGAUUUGCUUUCAAAGUCGCCAUUCAUUAAUGUGCUACGCAAGCCCACAAGCAGCACGAGCUUGGAGGAGAAACCCGUCGUUCUUACGGUGAAUGCCUCAAGCAGCACACGGAAAUCUGUUGAACAGAUUAAUACCAUCACGAAGGCCGCGCCCGUAUCGCUGAUCACUGUGGUGCCACCACAAAUGCCCGAUCUGGUUAAAGUAGAGCCGCAGCAGCAACUCCAGCAACAACUGCGCCCUAAAGUCUUGCAUUUGCGGGAUUCGAAUGCCAGCAUUGAAACCUCCACUUCCACCUCCACCGAUGACUUGAGACUUACGCCCACCACCGCUGCCGUUGUUUCGCUACGCGAGAAACCAACGAAGGCGAAACCAAGUGCGACAGUGAGCAGCGCACGCAACUCGAUGGACUUAUUGGCUGGCGCCAAAGAUGUGGAACGCAAGUCAGCACCAGCACCGGUAGCGCAGACAAACAAGAUGCAAAGUGUCAAAACCACGAGACGCAGUACGAGUCUUAUGGACAGUCCACCGCCAGCAAGUAGUCCAAAUGGUAGUGAGGAACGCAGCGGUGUGAGCAAGCAAAUUGAGCCCACAAGCGGCAGCAGCUCGCCAAACGAUGAUGGCGUGCCCGAGUUUAUGCGCAUCCAACUGAAUCGUGUCGAUCCGGCGCGUAUUGCCAAGAGCGCCAAUGUGGUUUUGGCUAAGAAUGUGCGUGAGAUACACCCGCCCAACCAGCAGCAGCCACAAGCGCAGCAAGAGAAGUCGCCACAGCAAGAGAAGACACCACAGGUGAAGUCGCCCCAACCCCAAUUGACCAAAGAGGCUAACGGCAGCGAACGCAAUACCAGUCUGGAUGAGCUCAACUUGCGUCGCUUGAGCAAUGAGAGCGUCGAGAUCAUUGAGAAGUCUUCGCCCACUGAAGUAGACAAACAAAAGCCGAUUUUCGAGCUGCAAGCGAAGAGCACCAGUAACGCUAAAUCGCCAACCAAAACUCAGGUCGCACUAAGCGCGUUGCCACCACGUAGCCCCGUGAAGAAACAACAAUCUGUUGUAGCUAUUACGCCAACAACACCCACAACACCGACACCCGAUGUCGACGACAGCGUAGUCUUGCGCGCCAAGAAACCGGAGCCUGCAACACCUGACGCCUCCACAAUUAGCAGUAAUAAAUUGUCACUGCAAGAGCGCAAACGACUCUUCAUGAGCGAGGAAAAGUUAAAGACCGACAAGCGUAUCGAGGAGUUGCGCAACGAACGCAAGAAAUCCAUCACCGAAGAGGUCUAUCGCAAAUCCUUUGCCAAAUCAGAAGAGAAGCUCGAUACGGGUGAGAAGACGCCAAAUGAGGGUGUGGUUAUGUUGCGUAAGAAGUCCUUCUGCGCUGCCAUCCAAGUCUGCGCCGCCACAAAUGGAAAACGCGAUGACCCAACACCCGAACUGAUGAAGGUGUUCGCGCGCCGCUCGUUAAAAAUCAAAGACGAGGACAUCAACGCUUUGGCGGACAAGCUACACGCCAGUAACGGCGGUGAUAGUGGUGGUGGCAGUGGUAGUGUUGGCGGGUCAAAGAAAUUCACCGCAAACCAACAGAAUGUCGACAGUGAUAAGGAAAAUCAAUCGGCGAGCGAAGAAAAGCUCGAUAAAUUACCGAAACAAGAGGCGACACUGGAGCUGCAGUCACUGGGGGGCGGCAAGCUGUCGAAUGGCAUCAAUAAUCGAAAUUCAUUGGCUGACUUUCGCAGCAACAAAUCGACGACGGCGGCGGCGGCGGCAGCGGCGGUGAGCAAUGGUUGUACGAAUGGUUUGAGUUUGAAUAAUGGCAAUUUCAAUAAAAACAACCAUAACAACAACAACAGCAACAGCAACAAUAAUAAUCACACUGCCGCAAAUAGUAACAGCAACAACACAAGCACCACCGUAAACAAUACCACCGCCAACUCGACCUCAACCACGACCCCCACAACCACUAACGGCUCUCUCGGCUCUCUCGGCGUCAACAUCGCCAGCCUUUCUGCCGGCAAUCGCAGCAGCUUUCUGCCAACCAUCAAGGUCGCCGGCUUCCGCAACCUACCCAUCGAGCGUAAUAACAGUGUGAGUAAAAUCUAUCCAACUACGGCGUGUGAAGCGCUUAACAACAACAACAACAACAACAAUAACAACGGCAACAACAACAAUUUGAAUAAUAAUCAUCAUCAACUCGGUCAUGGUCAUCAACAGCCAACACAUCAGCAGCAGAACGGCAAAACGCGCGAGCGUCAGUCACUCAAUAUGAAGGCAUUGGAGAGCAACAACAGCAACAACAGCAAUAGCAGCGGUGGCAGUAGUAGUAGCGUGCUCAGCAGCAGCUCAUCCGGAGGCGGCGGCGGCAGUGGCAGCUGUAAGACCAUCGAACGCUCGGCUACGGUGAGCGAGUUCAAAGGUAUACAUCAGAGACGUGCGGAGUGGGAGCAACGCGCCAAGGAGGCGUUGAAGUAAAGCGGCGCCAAGGGCGGUAAGGAAAGGGGAAAUAAAUAUAUUUUCCUUAAGAAAGCAUAAAAAGCCGGCGAGCGUCCAGCGAAAAGUAACCGAGCGCGUCAAAAAAUGCGAACGAACGAGCCAAAAA